AUGUAUUUUAUCUUUCUUUCUUUCUUUCCUUCGUAUUUUUUCAUUCUCAUCUUGACCUUUGAUUCUUUAACUUAUUUUUUCUUUCUUUCAAUCAUUCAUUCUUUGUUUUUUUGCUUUGUUUAUUUCGUAAUAUUCAUUGUUCUUUUUUUCCACUAUACUUUCUAUUUUCAUUCUUUCGUUCCUUUUAUCUUUUGGCCUUUUUAUUCAAAUAUCCUUUCUUUAUUUUAUUUUUCUUUUGUUGCUCAUUCUUUUCUUAUUCCUUUUCCUUCUCAUGUUGUUAUUUUUUCAUUCGUUUUUUCUUUAUUUGUGUGUUUUGUUUGUCAGUAUUUUUCACAAAUGCCUUUUUCACGCAUUUAUUUUUUGUGCUUAUUCGUUCAUUUAUUCACUCAUUCUUUCUUUCAUUCAUUCUUUUCUUCAUCCGUUUUCAUGGAUCUUUCUCUGUUUAUUCUUUCUUUCGAACUCCCGUUCAUUCAUUCUUUUGUUCUUUCGUUUAUUUUUUUUUUCAUCUUUUUUUGUAAAUACCCUUUUUUUUCUGCGUUUUUAGCACUCAUUCAUUCAUUCAUUCAUUCAUUCAUUAAUACAUUCUUUCUUUUUUCUUUCAUUCAUUCGUUCGUUCGUUUUGUCUUUCCAUCAUUUUUUUAA